AUUCACAGAAAACAUUGCAAUAUAGCACCUAGGGAGAUGGUGGAGUUGCCGUCCCUAGAGGUGUUGAAGACUGGAUGUGACACACAGAGCAAGUGAUUAAACACUGAAAUGAACACAGGGAGGUGCUGAGUCAUUGUUCCUGGAGGUGCUUAAGGGAUGUGGCACUUAGUGCACUCCACGGUCUAGCUGGCAUGGUGGUCUCGGAUCACAGGCUGGACUCGAUGAUCUCCAGAGGUCUUUCCCAACCUGAGUGAUUUUGUGAUUCUUCAGAUACGGUCACAGCACCACCGGCCUGUGGAGUCCAAGCUGCAUUUCCACUAGGGAGGAAACUGUCUCAUCCGAGCGAUUACGCCCGGGAGCACCAAAGGCGCUUUUUUACCACAUGAGUGCAUUAAUUUACGCUCUGCCUUAGCGAUUCUUCCCCGCCAGGAAGAACGAGAAACCGCCAUGGCGCCAGGACAAAUGCAGUCGAAAACCUACCACCGCUCGCCUCCCGGACGGGGAAAAAGAGGCCCGUGGGCAGAAGCGGAUGGAGGCGGGCGGAUGGAGGCGGGCCGAGGCGCGGGGCGGUGCCGGUGCCGGUGCUGGGGCUGGCGCGGGCAGGCGGCCGCGAUUCUGUCCGGACCUGCAGCAAAACAACGCCACAAAAAGGAACACCUUCAGAACAAAGAUGAAUAUCGGGAAAGCUUACAGUGCUGCUAACAUCAGCAAUGGAACAGAUCUAGCUAUUGGUUUUACCUCUUCCACAGUAGCUGUCCUUCUAUUUGGGACAAACUUUGUACCUGUCAAGAAAUUUGAUACUGGUGAUGGCAUGUUCUUUCAGUGGAUUCUCUGUGCCUCCAUAUGGAUAGUUUCUUUGGUGGUCAAUUUGAUCCAGAAUUGCCCCCGGUUUUGGCCCCUGGCUAUGGUUGGAGGUUUUGUGUGGGCUACAGGCAAUGUUACAGUUGUCCCUAUUGUUAAAACUAUUGGCUUAGCUCUUGGUCUUUUGAUAUGGGCUUCUUUUAAUUUGCUGACAGGCUGGGCAAGUUCAAGGUUUGGUUGGUUUGGAAUUGACCCGGAAGAAGUAUCAAGACCAAUCUUAAAUUAUAUUGGAGCUGGACUUUCACUUAUAAGUGCUGUCAUAUUUCUUUUUAUAAAAACUGAAGUCCAGAGUUCUUCAACUUCAUUAGAAAGCACACCUUUACUGAGAGAAAGUUCUAUAAAUGCUUCUGAAGAGACCACUGAGGACUCAUGGGUGAACAAACUUUCUCCAGCAAAAAGGAGACUCAUAGGCUGUAGCCUGGCUGUAGUGGCUGGAAUACUCUAUGGUUCCAGUUUUGUACCAGUACUUUACAUCAAGGACCACGGAAGAAGAAAUGAAACUGUAUACACAGGAGCAAGUCAGUUUGAUUUAGAUUAUGUUUUUGCACACUUCAGUGGAAUAUUUCUUACAAGUACCAUCUACUUUUUGAUCUAUUGUGCAGUCAGGAAGAAUAAACCUUAUGUUUAUCCCCAAGCCAUAUUGCCAGGGUUUGUUUCUGGUGUGCUUUGGGCAAUAGCCAAUUGCUGCUGGUUCCUGGCCAAUCACUAUCUCAGUGCUGUCGUCAGCUUUCCAAUAAUUACUGCAGGUCCUGGCCUUGUUGCUGCAAUGUGGGGAGUCCUUGUAUUUAAGGAAAUCAAGGGACUGAAAAACUACAUGUUACUGUCAGUAUCGUUUUGCAUCAUUUUGGCUGGAUCACUUUCCACAGCUUUUUCUAAAGUUUGAAAGGACCUUCUGGACCAGUAGAUGGUGCUAGUGUUUAACAGAAGUAGAAAGACCAUGUUGGUAGAUCACAAUACAUAUAUAAUUUUCAAAAUGUAUGUCCAACAUUUACACUAACUUACUUCAGCCAAGUGGAAAAUGAAAACAUUUGGCAUGAAAGAAAAUCCGGAAAUACUUGUUUCUGUUUUUCUUGGAAUAAUAAGAAAAUCAAAGGACUUUAUUAAUCAAAGCUAAAUGAUUUUAUUGUUAUUAAUUAUUUGUUUUUUUCAUUCAGGUGCUAAACUUUAUGUCAGCAUAAAUUGCAGUUUACUGUUGUGAUGGUGGAUAGUGAUUUUAAUUUUAGUCUAAAUUACUGUAUAUGUUUGCAAGCUGAUUUGUUUUAUUAAAACAUUUUUCUUACUGACUUAAAAAUGCAUCUUGAAAUAUUCCUUAUGGAACUGAUACACAUGAAGAUAAUAAAGCUUUUCUUUUAUUUAGAAGCAUUAUUCUUUAAAUUCAUUAGUUUACAUGAAAAUGUUAUCUUCCAGUCACUUCAAAUUUGUGAAGGAAAUUGACUAAAAUGGGUGCUGCAAAAUAAAUUACUUUUGUUCCACAUUUUCUAUAACCACCACUAACAGGGACAACUGUUUAUUUUCUUACUUGUGGCAGCUAACCUUUAUGUAUGCAGAGCAUACAUAACCUUUAUGUAUGCAGAGCACGUUAUCUGAAUCUCCCCUUGGCCUUUUCUUCAGUACAUUGGACAACCCCACCUCCUUCAGCCUUUUCUUGCUUGUAACUUGCUUGCAAUUUCUCUGUGUCUUUCCUGAUAAUAGAGUGGCUUGGCUGGAAGGGACUUCAAAAUCAUCUAGGUCCAACCCCUCUGCCAAGGACAGGGAUGCAGUUCACUAGACCAAGUUGCUGAGGGCCCCAUCCAACCAGACCUUGAACACUUCCAGAGAUGAGGCAUCAGCAGCUCCUCUGGACAGCCUAUUCAAGUCUUUCACCACCAUUUGAGUAAAGAAUUUAAUGCUAAAAUCUGAUCUAAACCUAAAUCUAAUCUCUCAGUGUAAAGCCAUUGCCCCUCAUCUUGUCACUGUCUGCCUGUAGAAAAAGUCCCUCUCCCUCCUUUUUAUACACCACCUUAAGCUUCUGGAAGGCUGCAUUGAGGUUUCCCUGAAGCUUUCUCCAUGCUGGUCUCUCACUAAGUGGACUGGGUCUGUGUAGAAUACCAAAACAUAGCAGUCAGGCUACAGUCUCGUAGCCAAAAACUAAGAGCAGCAGUAAGACUAUGGGUGUUUUUCCACAUCCCAUUUGCAAGUUCAUUACAAGUAGUUACACAUCACAACUUUUUGCUAUCAUGGCUUGAUACUAUUACCAUGUUUAAAUUGCAAGCAUAAUUUCUCCUUUCAACCUUCCACUUUUCUUUGUCUGCUCUGCAUCAGAUUUGAUUUUAGAACUGUUGCUCAACCUGCUUUUUCCCGUCUUGUGUUGUUUAUUUUUACCUAGGUGUCAGAACUUGGUGUCUGACGGUUUUUUUCCCCUCUGAGGCAUUUCUCUAAUUUGUGUCUCUGUGUUAAACUCUGUGUCCUCCAACAAGGUGGCAGCAUUUUUCAGCCAGAUGUCAUCUGCAAAUUUAAUAAAUGUACUCUCUAAUUGCUAUAAAUAAUUAAUGAAAAUGCUGCAUAAUACUGGCCCUUACUUACAUUCUGGUAUCUAAUACUUCUUUUUAUUUUUCAGGGAACAGUUGAUUAACCUUUGAGUACAAUUUUCCUGUGUCUUGCAGUGCUAUUGUUUGGACUGCAUUCUUGGAGCUUUUGCAUAACAUCAGGUAGAAAAGUCAAGGUACAUGAUGUUUUCUACCCUAAUACCUGAUAUUGAACUGAAAACUGGUGGUUUUUUCUGUCCAGUACUCAGAUCAGGCACAAUUUCUCCUUGACAGACACUUGACUGUUACUUACCUUGCCAUUAUUCUAUUGACUCAGACAAGGAAAAGUAAUAUAUUCACUGUGUUUUUGAAAUAACUUGAAUCAAACAGGACUUUAUUAAUUUCCUUGGUUCUGUUUAAUUUCUUAAAGAUCACAGUCUUAAGCAUUCCGUUCUUAAAUAUUCCAGGAAUAUAGUCCAUGCCAGAAAGUUGCUGAUAGACAAAGAAUUGGAAAAACCAAAACACAAUAUCCUUAGGCUCCUCAGAUUUAGGAUAGGCUUUAGGCUAAGAUUUUAAAGAUAGGCUUUAAUAUGGCAGUGAGGUGCAUACACUUCACUAGUUUUUGUGUAGUAAAUUACUAAGGCCUCAGUCCUGCUCCCUAGGAGGUGCAAAGGCAGCAGCAGGACAACCUGCCUUGGGCAAGCAGGUGACAGCAGCAAAGGUAGAGGGGCAGCUUCCUGCCCUGCACAGAUCCUCUCCUGGCCAGGAGGAAGCCACUCUCUCAGUGAGCAGUGAACACUCCAGGAAAUGUCCCUCCUGCUUCAGGCAGGCACUCCAGGCCCUGCACAGGCUGUUCCAGUGCCCCUGCAUGGAGGAUGGCCACAGGGUGCUGGUUUUCCAGCCAUGCUUGCCUGUGCCUGCUCCACUUCAGGAGCAACACGGAUGCAGGCAUGCUAUCAGAGUUUUGAAACUCAAGGGCUUCGUGGUGUCUGGAAUUAUGAUCACUUUAAGUAAGGAAAUGUCACUUUUAGGUGAAGAAAAGAAACUUGGAUGCUAUAUUCUAUGCUGAACUAUAUUGGAAAUGUUACAAACCUUACAUUCUGUUCAUCAUCUCUGUAACGGCCAUGGUUUUAAAGGCUUGGGCUAUUUUAUAAUAUAUAUAAUAUAUAUAUUAUAUAUAUUAUAUAGUAUUUACUUAUUAUAUUCAGUUGGGAAAAAAUCCCAACAAAACUAGUAACAAGAGGGUUUUUCUUCACAAAUAGACAUGGACCCAGUUCAGCUAUGGAGAAGGUAUGGACUCCUAUGGCUGACAUUAUUUCCAUGAUCAUGAAAGACAGAACUUCCAACCUUUCUGCUUUCCCCCAUCCUCUACACAUUCCCUGGGACAGAUGAUAUUAACAGCCUCUGCUGUCUCUCUUGGGGCAUGCUGUUGACUUCUAAUACAGGCACAGCAUUCGUCUACUGGAUAUGAUUACAGGAAAGAGUUAAAUCUUCCAGGGCAGGAGCACCUUUGCAUUUCCUAGUUUUUGUACAAGAUCAUUGAUUUUCUGGGGGAAAAAAACAAAAAACACCUGAGCUCCUGUCCAUAGCAAUUGCCAUGUAAAUAAGUGUUUGUUGUCUGAUGCAGUUCUCCAGUCUAUGUUGUAAAGCUGUCAGAUGUGCAGACUUAAUUGCUGAUUGCUAGGGUGUUAAUUAAAAUUCUUGCUUGGGACAGCUCAAGUAUGACCUUUAUUAAAAUGUUUUUUAGAAGCUAUCCUAUUAGAUUUGACUUGACGGCAAGAAAAAAAUCCCCUCUUCCAGCACUUUUCUGUGAAAAGCCCCCUGUGGCAUUCCAAAAUAAUUUUUGUGAUGUUCACUUGGAAUAUGUUGUAUAAAUAUUCCACUCAUUUCUGAGAUUUUUUCUUGGUCUUGACAUUUCCAGUUAAAAAUAACACUGUUACUUCUUUCAUGUGAGGAUGCUGGAUUAACAGCAUGUUUACAGAGUUAUUUGUACAAAACAGUCUGGAAGUAACUGAGUUUAGUAAGAGAAAAUUCUACAGCUAAUAUAAAUUGUCAUGGUUCUGUUUAUAUCAACUUGUUUUUGUAUAAAUGGAAGAAUCACAUCUCUUGGAGAAAACUAAGCUUUCAAAUAUUUGUUUAUGCUGUUCAGCAACUUCUAAGAAUAUAUUAGAGCUUGCUUUAGGAAUUUUUCUCUGGUAAUACUUAGAGGCAAAGUAACCUUUAAAAUAUAGGUAAACUGGGAGGUUUUGAAGAUUUUUGUGAAGUCUUGUGAACUGGAGAACUCGGUGUCAUCUUUUUUUAGAUUUCUCUUACCUCAAUGGAUAUUUUGAGGCUCACUGCCCUUCCGGAGUUUUAUUCCUUAAUAAUCUUAGUAAAAAUUACUGUACCUGGAAAAAUAAUUUAAAUACAAUUGCUCUUCAAAUGUAAACAGUGAAAACUGGUGUUUUUUUAAUCCUAGAUUAAUUUUAUAUUGUCUUUAUCUAAUAAUUUUCUUUUUUCAACUGAUACUCGAGGUUGUUUAACUGUCUGACCUGAUCCUUGAGCUUUCUUGCAGCUGGCCUGAAAAUAAAAUGAAAAUUUAGACAAUGCAUGUUAACAAUUAGUGUAUUUUUUCUUUUAUUCACCAAUUAUUUUAAUUGCAG